GUUUUCAAUAUUUUUUGCACCAAUUAUUACAAAGCAGCGAUGCCAACAAAAUUCACAUUAUCAACCAGAGUUAUUUGAUCAUAUGGUUGAAUAACGUUGAUUAUCACCGUCAUCGUAGUUCUUGUUUUUGUUUUACGCGCAAGCACGUCGAGCCAAGACACACCAGCUGAGAAGCAGCGCCUGUGCAGACACACGCAAUGCACGUGCGCGCGCGGAUCGCAUCCGUGGAGCUUGCGUUCGGACCGCCAUUGCCGUCUUGCCACGAAUUCUUUGUUUGUGCCUCGUCGUGCAGCCGGUGCUCGUUGUCUGGGCAGCAUAAAUUGACGUAGAACCUCGGCGCAAGCACUAGGAUUCCGUGCUGAUGCCCUCCUUGAGUACUACCUGAGGAUGACACUACGGCAUGCAAGUUCAGCGUAGUCUCGUCACAGAACACCUGUUCUCACACUCGACAUGGAUUCCGAAGCACGCCUCGCGUCUGUGCCCCCAGUGAAGUUAACAAAAGUUCCGAGCCCACCGGACGUGCCGUUCAAGAAGAGCCUUUCGGUUUACGUGACGCUUUACGAGAGGCCCAACAGACUAUUUCUGCGACUUACCGACAACGAUGCGAUAUAUUUUAUUGAGGAGGAGCGGCAGCAUGUCUCAGAGACGUCCAUUGGCACGUACUGCAUGGUGGCAUUGCCGCAAUACUCCGACGGGCAGGCACUGCGCGCACGGGUGACGGACAUUCGCAGGGAUGCUACGGGCACGCAGGUUCUGGCCGAUGUCCUGUACGUCGACGAAGGCCGCGCCGAUGUUGUCCCACUGCACCGUGUGUACCCCAUGAGUGACAGCGAAGCCCGCGAUCCCUGCCGAUCAGUGGCCUGCUGCAUGCGGAGAAUCAGGCCAACUUUGAGGAGCUCCUGCUAUGACAUGCAGUGGCUCGUCGACAGGAGCGAACCUCACUACUUCGACGCCGUAUUCCAUGGCCUAUCGGAUGGUGGUGUUUACCAGGUGGACUUGUUCAUCAACAUUCCCGAUGCCCCCCCUGUGAUGCGGCGUCGGAGUGUUGCCCGACUCCUUGUCGAUAACGGCUUCGCAGAAUUCUUGGAUUACCCAGGAGAUGCCCCGCGCGUUGUUGUUGAACCGACAGCCGAUGCGGACGAUCAUUCCCAGCGUGAUAGCGAAGGCGUCGUCGGGCAGAUGCUGGCCGAAAGGGGAAGCACCGAGACCGAAAAUGGAGCCAUUGGAGCGAACGAAAUCUACAUUCAAGGUGACAUUUGCCCCGAGAGUAAAGCCUGCACCGGGAAUGAAAUCUGUGCCGACUAUGGAAUCGGCCGCGCUAGGACUACAAUAAACGCCGUGGUGUUGGACAGAUCGCCUUCUACUCUCUCCGCAAUCAAUGGCGAGGUGAGCCCGUCCUCUUCUACUCACUCCACGAUCAGUGGUGAGGUGUUGGACAAAUCACCCUCCACUUUUUCUGCCUGCAGUGUUAAUUCACUGAGUCGCAGCUCUCUCUGCUUUGAAUUGACACCGUUUGUGCCACAAGGAAACAUCAUAGACAUCAACGUUACGUUCAUCCUGUCACCCGAUCACUGGUAUGGACAGCCUACCUCUGCGGUGAAAGACCUGUCAGAAAUGAGCGGCAUCAUAGAAUCGUGCACGCAAGUGGCAUGUGUGAAAAGGCCGAUGGUGAAAUGCAAAAAGAACACCGUUGCUCAAAAAUCAAAUCAUCCAGCUCUUGCUUCUUUCAAUCCCAUGCAGGAUGACUACUGCAGUCCUCUGAACAGUUACAUUGUGAACACCGACGACCCAGGGGUGGCUGCUGCAAACUUUCCAGCAAAAACCAACCGCGUCUGCAAGUUCUACAGUACGCGAGGCUAUUGCGAAGAAAACACUUUUUGUGUAUACAAACAUGUUGAGGCAGAACCCAACUCAACCCUUUUGCAUAUAACCGAGCCUGCCGCUCAAUGCGUCGAAUCGAAGCCACCCGAACCAGGCAGUUGGCUAUUGGGCCAGGUGUCGGCGUACGUCAGCCCAAACCAUUUCUAUUUAGUUUUCUGCUAUGGGAGAAAGACUCUUGAUAGACUUAUUAUGGAAGAUGGUGCUUUCAGCUGUGGAGAGUCUUUGCUAGGCCUUAUAGACGACAUGCAAGACAUUUCCAGGUAUGGCCAUUUCUUAGAAAACAGGCUUUUUGCAAAGUCGGUUGGUGAGUUCGUCGCUGCCAGGUCCAGCCGCAACAACUUGUGGUAUCGAGCAAAGGUUGUUUCUAUCGGUCAUGGCGAGCGCCUGAAAGUGAUGUUCGUGGACUUCGGGUUUUAUGAAUGGGUCACGUUGAAUAAUGUCAGAACACUGGAUCCACGCUUUACACUCUUGCCCAUUCAGGCGCAGUUGUCAUCCCUCGUGGACACUGAAUUGUGCUGCAUGAGGGAUGGAACCAGUUGGGACAAAAAAAUGCGCAAACAGUUCCUCAAAUGUGUCACUGGCCAAACUCUUCUGAUCGAGACUGUGUGCUCGAAAGAGGAAUUCUUGCAUGUCAAGCUCUACUUCUGCCAUAAAGACGUGAUCUACAGUGUGACUGAUUUUAUAAAAAACAUAUAAACAGACUAAAGUCAAGAAAGAGGCUACAAGUGCUCAGUAUUUACUGGAAUUCAUGCAUGCUCUACUGAACUCUGCAGGAUUUUCGAAACAUUACCUUAGUUCACAGAAUUUGUUUGUUUUGUGUUUUAUUGUGAUUGUCCUGCAGCGACUAAAAUUUUGGAGACCACAGGAUCGCGUGGCCAACAGCAGUGCAGCACCUUCUCACGGCUACCAGAGAAGCUCAAAAGUGCGCACUGCGCAAGCGCAUCCGUUCCUAUCUACCAGCCUGCAGUUUUGCUCCCUUGAAAUGUGUGCACAACGCAAAGCCAAAAAAAUUGCAAGGUGUUGCUUUUGCAACAAGCGAUAAUAUCGCGGCAAUAUAUUUAACUUGUAGUCGCAGUGACCAGAGUGCGCCGCUUCUAUGCCUUUGUUCCAGAUGCUCCAUUGAACCCAAAACGUGCACAUUGCGUCAGUUUUUUUUUUUUUAUCGACACAUGUGAUAAGAUUACCGAGCAAUGCUUUAUUUUAGCGAGGCAUGCUCUUUUUCACUGCCGUGGAACAUUUAAAAUGAAAGCACCGAAGUGGCCUGCACCGAGCAUCGUCUCUACAAGUUUGGCAUUUUUGUCGUGAAAUUGUUACGUAUUGUUACGCUGAUAUGUCAGCUACGUAGCAAUAUCAUCACUCAGUGCUUCCAGAGUUACUGCAAAAGUGACACCUUGCGAUUUUUCUGGCGUUCCGCUGUGUGCAGCUGUGAGAAGGCGCUGUGGUGUGUUCGCCACAGUACCUGCGAUUCCAUCACAGAACGUCUGAGAUAACCGCACCAGUGUACCAUUUUUGGUUGUUUGUUGAUGUGUGCAUGGGACAAAUAAAUAUUUUUAUUAAGACAAUCAAGCAAUUUCCACUAUCUUGGGUGUUUUGGUGAUGGCCCUAUAUAUGUAAAAAAUAGUAAAUUAAAAAAAAAAGCUAGUGAAAAGCAUAAUCGGCAAGACAGGAAGGAAAAAGGACUGUUUACUCAUUUACCAGCAUGAUUCGAAUUCCAUAAAUUUUUGUUUUGGAAAUGAGGGCCAUACUAAUGCUUUUGGGACAUUCGUUGCUCCUGGUAAGUUCAGUAUGAAUCAGCUUUGAACAAAAGGUAAAAAUACUUAAUAUGUGGAAUCACACAGCACCCAAGGCCAGUGGGAGCUGUGUUGAGCUGCCCUGAACACGCUUAUAAGAACCAUAUUAGACAAUAUGCUCUGUUAGAAUAUCAGAAGCUGGUUGUACAAGUGGACAGCAAUGUUAUAUUCAACGCACUUUUGUCUUGGCUUUUAUGCAGUUUUGAGGAAUUAGGUGGAGGCUCUAAAAUGUAACAAAAAAGAGCUCCUCUCCAGGUCUGGCCAUUUUGAGACAUGUGCAAUGCUUAUACUGUGGAUUCAUUAUCAUGUUUUCCAAGAGUUACAUUGGCACAAACCAUGAGAAGGAACUAUUUCAAAGUGAAUGUUCUCGCUUAUACUGGUGUCAAACGGCCACUUUUGGUCACAGUCGUUUCUGAUCCCGAUCUUAUUUCAUGAUUAUGAUUGGCUCUCUCACGCAAGCUGCAGAAGGGAGCCGGGCGCUGUUGAGAAAUUUGAUCCCGACCAGGCUUGAUUGUGAUCAACAGUGCACCUUAUGAUGCCGGAAUUUAAACUGAACAUCAGCUGCUCUUCUCCUUGUUGGCAGUUGGCGCUGCACUUCUAAAUGGGGCAUUGGCUUGUGAUAUCGACUGAGCAUAGGUACACUGCAACAUAGGUGAAGAAUCUGUGCCACACACCAGAGAUCCUCUAUGUCCUCACCUGUCACCCUCUGUGGUGGGCAGGGGUGACAUGGAGGCACUCUAAUGCAACAUAAAUUGCAGAAGAAGGGGGAGGGCAGGUCUUGCCCACUUAUCACGAGUUGUGCAUGACGUGGCGAUGUGCGCUCAUCACGUGAUCCUCCCACACCAUUAAGGGAGAAUUCCAAAGAAGGAAAUUGGCUUUCUAAGGCUAAAGAGAACAAGUGGCAAGGAUGUGAAGCUUGCCUCUUCACAUCAUGGCUGCUUGCCGCUUCAAAAUAUUUAGCUCUGCCUGUAAAGAACAAAAUUUAAAAGCUCCUGCGAUAGAUAGCUCUCAGUCCAAUGCUAGUGCAUAUCUGAAAUUGACUUUGUGGCCUUGUGAGUGAUCUUUUAAGAAGACUGAUUUACAAGGCUUUGUCGCUUAGAGGGGCUUUGCAACACUUUUUCAGCGGGGUCGGGAAAAUGCUACUGGUCGGUAGUCGAGGCACCUGAAAACAUGCAAGUUAUACAUUAUAGUUAUACAUUAUAGUGCGGCAGACGCUCUGGAAUUCACAAAUUAUUAUCAGUCAGCUAGAGAUAGCUCAGUCUUUUCUUCACAAAUGAUGCCAUAACACAAAGUGACGUCAUUGGCGAAAGCCCACGGUCAUUGGCUGAUUUGAGGAACAUGAACUGCAUAGUUAAUAUGGCUGCCACAGGGUGCCUCAAUGUGUCCCUGUUGUACUCUUUAGUGCUAGGAAUACAUAGUGUGUUAAGCUGUGCAUUCAAAGAAAAAAAAAAAGAGAAAGUGUGUGAGGUCAUGACGUGUGCUGACAAACAGACAUAGGUUCUUGCCCCUGGGUCAUCCCUCCCUGCAUAACUUUCAGUGAGCUCGUUAAUACAAAAGGAAAGAGAAAGCACUUAAGUGUUCAAGAAAUAUCCAUAGCUCUGUUUGUAUUUGACAGAUUCUAAAAAUUUUUGCGGAAGUUGACUCGGGAGACAAUAAGCUUUUAAUCAAGUCAUUUGAUGCUUACCUAGAAAAGUGUUGCAGAACCCCCUUAAAGACAGAAUGCUGUCCAAUUCUGCCGUUUUAAUGCUCCCAAAGGGAACGGCUUUAGUGCAUUACGGUCUGAGCAGAAGAAAAAGAAAGAAAAGCAUGCUUGCAUCGUAACAUGCUGGAGUUGUUUGCUUCAGCAUCCUGUACUACCAAGUGGCCCAAAAAUCGCAUUUUCAAAUUUUCAGUUGCAGUAAUGAUUGCGAUCUUUUACACAUGUUUGCAUUGUUAGCAAGGUUUAUACAAAUGUAUAUCAAAGAGUGUUCUAAAAAUCUCAACUCAUGAAGCUUCUAUGCUAAAUUCAUGCAUGCUGAAAAAGAACAGCAAAGGAUAUGUGCCAUUACCUGCCACCACUAAAGUGUUGCCAACUAGUCUGGUAGAUUUUUGCAGAUUUUCUUGCCAUCUUAUGCCUACUCCAGCCAAAAAGCAUCAUGUGCGUGAAACAAAACUUGGUGUUCUUACACCAAGUAGCUCCACUGUGAAUGCUACGUACAUUAUACUAAAGCUUGCUAUUUUAUAGUAACGCCCGAGUGUUGUCGUUUUCAAACCUGAAUGGUUUCGAUGGACCCCCCAAAAAGCAAUACCGAAAGAAAUUCAGUUGAAAGAAUGAGUUCCUUGUCCUUUAUUUAGAUGCUCUGUCUUGUCUGCUAGCUGAUGGUGUUUAUGGUUGGACUUUGACACUAUAUUUACAACUAUGAGUGGAUUCUUUUCAUUAUGGCAUGUGCAUCAGCAAAACUUUUAAUGCAAAAGCUUUAGAUGCCUUAUUUAACGUAAAGACUGACCAUCAAUGUCAUCAAAACGAGUAAUGUGGAAAGACAUCUGGUGAUGUCACAUGAGAUUGUGGCAAGUGUCAGUUUAAUGUUCUUAUAACUACACUCACUUUGAUUUUUUUGGUGACACUGAUGUUGCAUGUGUUUAUGCACAGGUGACGAUAAUGAUUGUUGUGUUUCCCUAUCUAGUAGGUGCCUACACUGUCUGUUUUUUACUGGACAAACAUCGAGCAAGAAAAGAAUAUUUAAUGGCCACUUCUAAAUGACUGCAGAAAAGGCAUGAUGGUAAUAGCUGGUGGUAGCAGCACCCACUCCAGUGAUAUGGGCUAUAGGGUAUCUUACAACACAACGUAGAGAGACAUGUGGCACCACAGUCUAUGAAAGUCUCUCAACAAGCACUUUACUGUUGUGGGAGCGACUGUAUAUUUGCCCACAGAACUGCUGUUGGCUGGUGUUCAACUAGGCAUGCCCUACAAUGUGCAUGUGGCUGUGUGAAUAAAAAUUUUAAUCAAAGUGUUAA